CAAAUCAAUCCACCACCUUGUAAAAUAAUGAUAUUAUAUGUAACUUUUAAUUAUAAACUGUUUCUGCCAUCCAGAAUGAUCCAUCUUUCUCACCAUGCCUCCUCUGCUGCUCCUGCUUCUUCAAAUCCUCACCCUGUUACUGCUCCUCAGUUUCCUCAAAUUCAUAUACUCCAUCAUAUGGAUCCCCUUAAGAAUCCAACAUCACUUCAAGAAGCAAGGCAUAGUUGGUCCUAACUACCGUCCGAUCACUGGUAACACGGCUGAGAUCCGCCGUUUAUAUGCUGAGGCUCAGUCAAAAUCAAUGUCGUCUUUGAACCACGAUGUGCUUCACCGUGUGUCUCCAUUUCACUACCAUUGGUCGCGGUUGUAUGGAAAGACUUAUGUAUACUGGUUCGGGUCGAGAGCCAGGUUGGUUAUAUCUGAUCUGGAUAUGAUUAAAGAGGUUCUGAUGAACACUGGCGGUGGGUCUUUCAAGAAGGUGGCGCAAAACCCUCAGGCUAAUCAGCUAUUUGGGGAAGGACUUGUUGUGCUCGAAGGCGAGAAAUGGGCUUUUCAUAGACGGAUCACAAACCAGGCUUUUAACAUGGAGCGAGUCAAGGGAUGGGUAUCAGAAAUUGUGGCUAGCACUGGGAAGAUGCUAAACAAGUGGGAGGAAAUACGAGGAGGGAGAGAUGAGUUCGAGAUGGAAGUGAACAAAGAACUUCAUGAACUUUCAGCAGAUGUUAUAUCUAGAACAGCUUUUGGAAGCUGUUUUGAAGAAGGGAAGCGAAUAUUUGCCUUACAGGAACAGCAAAUGCACCUCGUCUCUCAGGCCAUAAGGAGCGUCUACAUCCCAGGCUUCAGGUUUUUGCCUACCAAGAAGAACAAAGAGAGGUGGAGACUAGACAAGGAAACACGUGAAUCAAUAAGAACAUUGAUCAAGACUAAUAGCAGAGCCAGAGAAAAUUCAAGAAAUCUACUUAGUUUACUAAUAUCUUCAUAUAAAAAUCAGGAUGGAGAAGAAGAGACCUUAACAGAAGAGGAGAUUGUCGAUGAGUGCAAGACUUUUUACUUUGCAGGAAAGGAAACUACUGCCAAUCUUUUGACAUGGGCACUUGUUCUUUUAGCAUCACAUCAAGAAUGGCAACACAAGGCAAGAGAAGAAGUGUUUCGAAUCUGUGGUAAUGAGCUUCCAGUUGCAGAAAAUUUGAAUGACCUUAAGACUGUGAGCUUGAUAAUUAAUGAGACUCUGCGACUCUACCCACCAGCUGUGACGCUAAUUAGGGAAGCAUCUAAGAGCGUUAAGCUCGGGAACAUUGAUGUUCCUGCAGGCACACAACUGUAUUUGCCGCUGACUGCUGUCCACCAUGAUCCUGAUAUAUGGGGAGAAGAUGUAAAUGAGUUCAAUCCCUUGAGAUUUGCUGAGUCUAGAAAUCAUUUGGCUUCAUUUUUCCCAUUUGGAAUAGGCCCCAGAAUCUGUGUUGGACAAAAUUUAGCAAUCGUUGAAGCAAAAAUUGUCCUGGCGAUGAUCAUCAGAGGUUUCUCUUUUGUACUGUCGCCAACUUAUGCUCAUGCUCCAAUGCUUUUAAUGACCCUGAUGCCCCAAUAUGGUGCGCAGAUCAUCUUUAGCAGAAUUUCAAGUAUUUGAUUUCAUUGUCUGUAAAAGCAUUGAAAAACCAGAAUGAUUGUGCACCAAAUUUCACUGUAUUAACUCAUCAAAUUCAGGACCCAUUUGCGAGAA